AGAGAGACAAAGAGAGAGAGACAGAGAGAGAGCUAGAAGGAGGUGAUAUGUGUUGGUUUCAUCCCGAGGAGGACGUCUGUAUCCCGCAUCACUGACAAUCGAUAGCGGGGCUGUUUCUGCCGCAGGAAAUGUCCAGCGGAGGAUGGAUGGAUGGAUCGUGGCGCACGGACACAAGACGCGGAGAGAGGAAAGAAGAAGAGAAGAAGGAGGAGAAGAAGAAGAGAGUCCAGCUCCUGAGAACACGUCUCCUCUCCUCACCAGGUGAAGCCCUGUGACCCGCUGACGCUCCCCCAUCCUCCCCUCCCACCCCACCCCCUCCCACAGACAUCACCCACUGUCCCCACCUCCCACCCAAACCACCUGGCCUUCGCACCUGUCCGUCCUCAUCCGACCACUGCCACUGGUCCCUCUUUUACCCCAUGGUGGCCCCACGGCCUGCCCUCUCACUGCUAUUGGCUGUCCUGGCCUGCACGGGGCCCGCACGCCCCUCGCCCCCCCUGCUGCUCCGGCCCCGGGAGAGAGAGAGGGACUCGGGUGGCGUCAACAUUGCCGUGAUCCACUCGGGCACCUCCCUACUCCCGGAGACGGCGGUGGUGGGAGGCGCGGGGGUCGGUGAGCCGGGGCCGGGGCCAGGAAACGGUCCAGGAGGAGGAGAAAGAGGCGAGAGAGGCGAGAGAGGCGAGAGAGGAGGAGGAGCAGAGAGAGGAGGAAGGGGAGUGAUGGACACAGCUUCACUUGCAGGAGUGGCUGCGAUGGCCGGGUUCUCAUCCUCCAUAUCAUCCCUGUCUCUGGCGGCGCUGGUGGGGGAGACGGUGAUGACACCGUCGGGUCAGGCCAAUGUCAUCUACCUGGCCGUGAACGAGAGCAGCCCGGGCAGUUUACUGCUGCAGCUGUGUGAGCUGCUGGCCACCACACCACUGCAGGGUUUGGUGUUUGAGGAGGAGAGACCGCCGCCGCCAAACCGCGCCCCUCUGGCUCCCAUGCUGGAGUUUGUCUCCGCCCAGACGGGGGUCCCCGUGGUCGCUGUGGGGGGCGGGGCCAGCCUGGGACGAGAGCCACAGGAGAGCGGCUCCAUCUACCUGCAGUUCACCUGCUCCACCUCGCUGCAGCUGGAGGUCAUCUUCGAGGUGCUGGAGGAGUACGACUGGACUGCCUUCUCCGUGGUGACCACGCGCCACCAUGGCUACGAGGACUUCCUGGCCAUGGUGGAGGGCAUGACGGACGGCUCGUUCAUCGGCUGGGAGAAGAAGAGCGUGGUGGUCCUCAACGUGACGGAUGACCCGGGCGGGGCGCGGACCAAGAGGCUGCUCAAGGACAACGAGGCUCAGGUACGUCUGCUCUACUGCUCCCUGGAGGAGGCCGAGCUGGUUUUCCGUGCGGCGUGGGCAGCGGGUCAGGCCGGGCCCAGUCACAUGUGGUUCGCCGUGGGACCCGCACUCUCCGGUCUGGGCCUGGAGGGUUUGCCCAAGGCCUUGUUCGCGAUCCGGCCGCAGGGCUGGAGAGAUGAGCCACGCAGGAGAAUCGCUAAGGGCGUCUCGGUGCUCACGCACGGGGCGAUGGCGCUGCGGCGCGACCAAGGAAGCACCAGCCGCUCGCAGUACGCCGGGAACUGCCAGAGCGACGGCAACCAGACGCAUCGCGUGCCGGACAGGAUCAGGUAUUUCACCAACAUCUCUAUCGGUGGACGGGAUUACUCCUUCAACAGCGACGGCUACUUGUCCAACCCGCUCAUUGACGUCAUCUCCUACACCAACGGCAGAGGCUGGGAGGAGGUGGGCUGGUGGGAGAACGGACACCUGCGUCUCCGCUAUCAUCCCUGGUCUCGUUACGGCUCCUUCCUGAAGCCUCUGGACGACUCGCAGCACCUCCGCGUGGUCACUCUGGAGGAGCGGCCCUUCGUUAUCGUGGAGCCUGCUGAUCCCGGGACCAGCUCCUGCAUCAGAGACUCUGUGCCCUGUCGUAUGCCCCUCAACUCCAGUUUGGUGGUGGACGGCACCGGACCCAUGAAGCACUGCUGCAAAGGUUUCUGCAUCGACGUCCUGAAGCGUCUGGCCAAGAUCGUGGGCUUCACCUACGACCUUUACCUGGUGACCAACGGCCGACACGGGAAGAACAUCGACGGGGAGUGGAACGGCAUGGUGGGAGAGGUGGUUUCUCACCGCGCCGACAUGGCCAUCGGUUCUCUCACCAUCAACGAAGAGAGGUCAGAGGUCGUGGAGUUCUCCGUGCCGUUCGUGGAGACCGGCAUCAGCGUCAUGGUUUCCCGUAGCAACGGCACCGUCUCGCCUUCUGCUUUCCUCGAACCGUACAGCCCGGCCGUGUGGGUGAUGAUGUUUGUCAUGUGCCUGUCGGUGGUGGCUGUCACCGUCUUCAUCUUUGAGUUCUUCAGCCCUGUGGGAUACAACCGCAGCCUGCAGAGCGCCAAGAAGUCAGGCGGGUCCAAGUUCACCAUCGGGAAGUCGGUGUGGCUGUUGUGGGCGCUCGUCUUCAACAAUUCUGUGCCUGUGGAGAAUCCUCGAGGAACCACCAGCAAAAUCAUGGUUCUGGUGUGGGCUUUCUUCGCUGUCAUCUUCCUGGCGUCGUACACUGCAAACCUGGCUGCCUUCAUGAUCCAGGAGGAGUACAUCGACACGGUGUCAGGGCUGUCAGAUAAGAAGUUCCAGCAGCCGACAGAGCAGUACCCGCCGCUGCGCUUCGGCACGGUGCCCAACGGCAGCACCGAGGAGAACAUCCGCUCCAACUACCCCAACAUGCACCAGUACAUGAUCCGCAAUAACCAGAAGGGCGUGGAGGAGGCCAUCGACAACCUGAAGACUGGGAAGCUGGACGCCUUUAUUUACGACGCUGCCGUGCUGAACUACAUGGCCAGGAAGGACGAGGGCUGCAAGGUGAUGACCAUCGGCUCUGGUAAAGUUUUUGCCACCACAGGUUACGGCAUCGCGCUGCAUAAAAACUCCCGCUGGAAACGACCUCUAGACCUCGCGCUGCUGCAGCUGGUGGGAGACGAUGAGAUUGACAUGUUGGAGCGUCUCUGGCUGUCAGGAAUCUGCCACAACGAUAAGAUCGAGGUGAUGAGCAGUAAACUGGACAUCGACAACAUGGCGGGAGUCUUCUACAUGCUGCUGGUCGCCAUGGGCCUCAGCCUCCUGGUGUUUGCCUGGGAGCAUCUGGUCUACUGGAAAUUACGGCACUGUGUGAAGCGAUCUGGUGGGAUGGACUUUCUUCUGGCUCUCAGCAGGGGAAUGUACAGCUGCUGCCAGUUUGAGGAUGAGACCACACCGGGAGGCAGCAAAAGCUCUUUGCCCCAGUAUCACACUGUGAGCUCGAUGCCCACUGUAGCCCAACAACACCUCGUCACGGCCACGGUAAACAACACCACUGCCAUCGCCAUGGUGCAGCAGCAACCUCAGCAGAAGCACCUUCAACAGCAGCAGCAGCAGCAACAACAACAACAGGGGCAGACCUACACCACAAUGCUACCUGGAUCGCCGCCACCCACCGGGCACUCGGCGAUGGCCUUGGGUCCUUCAAACAGCCCCUUACUGGAAGGCCCCAUGCCUUGCUCCACCUUCCUGCCGCGCCAUGACCGCAGACUCGCAGUCGUGGACCGCUGGAACAGACCAAAACCAGAGAAGGUCUUAAGUGCAGGCAGUGGUGGAGGUGUGGGCAUUGGGGGGAUUGCAGGAGGGAUCAUGGAUCUGCAGGCGCAGCAGCAGCAAUAUCAGCAGAGUCUAGGACAGCACUGGAGCCUGCAAGCAGGAAGUGGAGCAGGGGCAGGAGGUGACACAGGGCUGGAUGAAUAUAAGCGCUACUAUGGUCCUAUAGAUCCAGAAGGGCUGGCGACAAACUCAGACCAACAAGCAGGGGGCCCUCAGCAGACUCCCAAAGCUAAUCCUCGAGGUCCUAAAGCCUCAGCAAUGCCACGGCUGCCUCCUAAAGGCCCUCAACAAGGCUCAACGCACUUAAUCUCCAAGCCUCCUCCACCAAUCCCAUCUUCUCCACGAAGGCCUCCCUUCUGGCGACGAGGAAGCCUAGCUCAGGCAAGGAGAAAAGGUUCAGGAGGUCCUCUGUAUGAGAAUAUACUCCCCCUGGGGAGGAGAGGAGGUGGGAGGUAUGGGGCAAGUGAUGCAGGUGGAAGAAGAGGCCGACGUCCUCCUCCACCUCCUCCUUUACCUGUUCCCCUUUCCUCCCCAACACACACCCCCACCACUCCAUCUUCACCGUGCCAUUUCUACUCCUCUUGCUCGAGUGCCUCCUCCUCUUCCUCCUCCUCCACAUCAUCCUCAUCGUCUUCUUCAUCCUCUGUCUCCCUCUCUCGAUCAAACUCCCCCUCUUCUUGCUCCAGUGACAGCUCCUACAACUCCUCGCUGAGUUUCCGAUAUCGAGCUGGCGAUCGGGAUUUUAUGGUGGGCGACGAUUAUGACUCAGAUUUGCUCACAGAGGAGUCGAGCCUCCUUCUGGGGUCCCGGAGGAAGAUUCGCUCGCGCCGCAUGUCAUCUCGCUCUUUGCCGUGCAGUCCCCCACCACCACCGGUCCCCCCACGGAAGCCACGUCUGCAAAAAGAUUUUGGUAGAGAGAGAACAGGCAGCCAGCUUGCCCAGUUACAGGAGUGGUGGGCAUCGUGGGGAGACAGGGAGCGAGGGAGAGGAGGAGGAACAACAACCCGGGGAGACGCUGUAGUGGGUAGGGAAGAGAAAAGGCACCACAAAGAGAGAGAGCGUGAAAGGAAGAGGAGGAAGAAAGGACGGAAGAAGAAGAAAAGGGAGGAGAGGGAAAGAGAAAGGGAGCGAAAGCGGCGUAAAGCAAAGAAGAAGAAAAAGAAAGAUGAUAGGGUGAGUAAGAGACCGCGAAAGAGGUCAGAGCAGGAGGGAGGAGAUCCUGAAAAAAGAGAGGAACUCAAAUCAGGGACACAGGACUACCCAUCAUAUCCGUCUCUUAGACGAGAGUCCUUUCGGAAAAAGAGCGAAAGCUCCAUCAGAAGCUAUGGAUGGAACAUACCAGGUGAGGAGGAGAGGAGGGAAAGGGAAGAUAAAGAGAGGGAUGAUGGGGAAGAGAGCAGAGGAAAGGAAAAGCAUCACCAGAGAAGAAACAGCAAGAACUAUCAUCGCUCUAGCAGCAAGCCGACCACGUCUGUGAAGUUCUGGGGAGCGGGUAACCCAUCCUCGGAUGCCAUUCCAUCUGCCUUCCUGCCCUUGUUGCCUGUCACCUCAAAAAGGAGGAAGAGUAAAAGUUCUGACCGAGAUGCUGUAGGAGUGGAAGGAGAGAGGAGGCCCUUGUUGGGGCGAGGUGAGAUCCACUCCAAAGAGGGGCUGUCAUUUCACGAGUGGGAGUCUGACGGCGAGGAUGAGGAUGAAGACUCUGAGCAGGAGAGGAGGAAAGCAGAUUGUGGAAAGCGACGUAGAGGAGGAAGGACAUUAUCCGACGAGGAGCGGGAACGUGACAAGGUAGUCGGGAUAUAUUCUGACGAUGAUGGCUCUUCUGGAGAGUUUGGGAAGUUUGAGAGGUACUGGGAGGACCAUGAAGGCAGGGCGGUUGGAGGGAUCGGAGGAGGAGGUUGGUUUUUCAGCACAUACCCAUCCAGGGAUAAAGCCGGCAGCAUCAACAGUAGAGACGACCUCUUCCUUGAGCGAGGGGAGAGGUGGGGGACAGCAGAUAUUGGGUGGAGUUCAAGUGCUGGUGGAGGAGAUGGCGGUGAGAGAGGGUGGGGUUCAGGAUCACACUGGCCUCCACCUCCUCUCACACCACCACCUCCUCGCCGAUACUGGUCAGUAGACAAACUCCACAUCCAAGAUGAGAAGAAGAGUAAACGAAAGUCAAAGGACAAGGGGAGAGGACACACAGCGUGCUCCUCCUGUCUCUCCCCCCAUCACCAUCCGCACACCCGUUCAUCCAAAUGGGCCCGUGUAGCCUCACGAAGCCAGGACGAGUUGUACCACCACUGCCAGAGUUUCGGUGGUCCUCUGAAGCCCAAACACGACUCCUCCUCCUCCUCCAAACCCGAUCGCUCACAGAAUCCAUCCAAAUCUGGCAGUCAGUCAAACCUCAGCCUACAGCAGCGGACACAGAGAACAGAGAGGGAUCGAGGGAGGCAGUCAUCCCCACCCUCAAACCUCAUACCCAACUUGCCACCUCCACUCCCUGCCCUUCCAGCUCCUCCGUCCACAUCACACCCAAUCCAUGUCCCUCCUCCUACAUCAUCCUCUUCUGUUUCCUCUCCCUCUGUGGUCUCCACCCCAGGAGCAGCCCAGUCCUCCUCCAUGGCUUCGGCAAGUGCUAAACUUCAGUAUAAGAGAUUGCGCUCUGUACCCCAGCCCCAGAGGUUUCCUCAAUCCCCUCAUUUACCACUUAAAGCCAAGAGCCUUUGCUCACGAAGGGGCUCUGCCCAUUUCUCCAGUGUAGAGAGUGAGGUCUGAAGUUCUACAAAGGUAUUCAAAGUCAUAAGGGAACCUUAGAACACUGACACUUACAAAGUAGUAGGAGUUCUGGAGUACACACACUGAGCCCUUUCCUACGGUUCUGCACAAACAAAUCAGAAAGCCAAACACAUCCAGCGGGGUAGUCCAAGGAAAGCGUGGAUUCCUUUUGUUCCUCUGCAUAUGUGAAAGACUACAACCACAGCAACAACAUGAUUGUGAACUGGAACUCACUCAAAGCAAAUCAAACAUUAAAGUGGUAACUGAAGGAGAGCCCUUUGCUUUGGGUAUUGAAAUCAGAGCAGGAGUUUGUAUUCAGAGGAUUCUUAAUGCUUACUGAGGGCUCAGGAACUUUGUACUAUUGUAUGCCUGCUGCUCUCGGAAGCCUUUAAACACAGAACAGUGUAUUUUUCUUUACUUUUUUGCUUAAACAAGUCGCUUACCCCAUUCUCCUUUUUCCUUAAAACUGUUUACAUCCCCGCAGAACUGUGACGCCCACCCAAGGCACUUUUGUUUCUUGUCUAGAGGGGGGAAGAGGGUGAUAACCUCUUGUCUUUUCCGCGUAAUCCAUGCACCUUCUGUUUUGUUCGCUCCCAUCUUUUUCUCCCUCUACACCCUUAUUUUCUCCGUGUUUUCUCUGCCUUACCUCCUUCCCCACCCCUCUUACGUUUAUCUUCUUCUCAACUCUUUUGUCAUCUCAUCUCCUGUUCUCCCCCCUCGGCUCCUCUUCUUGAUCUGAUUAUUCUGUGCAUCUGUGCUUUUCUGUGUUUGUAUUCUUGACGACAGGGUAAGUCAACUGUGACUGAUAUUCUGCUGGCUUAAUGAAAAGCUGAGUGCCAAACCUACGUAGAGCUUGACAUUAAUCUGUACAAUGUUAGCUGCUGUGUUUUCUUUGAUCUCACAGAGUUUUCCAUCAGCUCUACACAACAAAACAAAAACCGUACACAACAUGUAAGGACACACACACACACAACUAAUAAGUUAAUUGAUUCUUUAAUGAGCAAUACAUUGGACACCAUCUGUUGAGUUAAUGUUUUAUACUUUGAAUCUUUCAUUUGACCUCAGUGGUGUAAUUGUUGUUGUUGUUAUCGAUGAUAUUCUACAGUAUAUAUCAACGUGUUCAGUCUAAUACAGUGUUAGCACUUGGUCAAAACUUGCACAUGAAAAGUUCUCUCAGCUACCUAACCACGACGGUGUCGGUCGCGUCUGUUCCCUGCAACAACAGUGGAGACACAAUGGGAAGCGUAGCAUUUCUGCUGGUUAGGAACCGAGUUGGACGUAAACAACUGUUUGCUAACCUUGCAGGCCAAGUCUGCAGCAGUUGCUGAGGGACUAGAUGUGAAAUAUGUUGUUUUAUGCACUGCCAGGCCAAAAAAGUAAGUCACCAUCCGGAUUUUACUUAGCAAAUCAGGGAGCUGCAGUGAUUAAUAUUCAGCUGGCAACACGUUACUCAGCUGUAGCUAAGGCAGUGAGGAGCUUCUUGGUUCUUCGACGACAUCCCGCGGUGGAGAAAGAUAUUAGCCUGCGUCAAACAAACAAAACAAUUAAGCGACAGCUGAAAUUGGAUUAGGAAUUAUCCAAAACAUUACUAGUACCUGGAAAUGGUAGUGGUGAGCCGUAAUCGUCAAGGGUCAAACGUGGUGGGAAUAAAACACUUGGGAAUGAUUGUGAUGGGUCUCGGCCAUCACUUAAGAAUUAUUGAAAGCAAAUCAUAAAAAAAAUUAACAGUUGAACAAUUGUUAUGGUGAAAGCAUGAGUCAUCAAUUUCACCUGAACCUCCCCUAGUCUCUUUGAGAUGUGCUGGAGAAAACUCAACAGCCAAGACUUUCUUUGUUUGACUUCACUGGGGUACACUGGAUGUGAUCCUGUGACUGGGGUAAAUUUAGAAUGUCCAAAUAACAGUAAGCGAUGGGGAUUAGGUACCAUGCUCAGGAGUACCCCAGCCCUUGACCUGGUGGGAUUAGAACUGGCAACCCUCCGGUUACCAGCCAUCAACACUGCAAAUGACAUGUGACCUUCUUUUGGCCAGGCAGUGUAUUUAUAAGCCGUCACUGGUCAAAUUGGUGCCGUGGCUAGAAGACAACUCAGAUUUGCUCUCCACCAAACAAAGACAACAGUCACAUUUGGCAAAGGUGUAAGAUGUUGCAGGGAAGGAAAUACUUAUAGCCUUAUGCUAACUGCUCCUGCCAUAUAAAGUACCACUGUUAAAGUAUAUAUUUUUCAUUCAUGUGUUUGGGGUUA